GUUUCGCACAAAAGCAAGGUUAAAGCCAAAGAAAAAAUAAAAAGCUGUCAAAUGCUUAUAAAUUUUCUAAAAGAUCCGGAUAUCUGGUCAUAUAAAGAAGCAAAAACUGCUUUAACCGACAUUAUGGUAUUAAAACAAAUGAAUUUCAUUAAAAUUAUUAAAACUGAGAAACGCUCACGCCUGUUGGCUGUUGUGAAGGAACAAACUUCUAAGUUACAAGAAAACUGGACUUAUUAUCAACUGUUUCAUCAUCUGUUGUCGCUCAUACUGUUUAUCUCUCUUUUCAAAGUACAUUUUGCUAAUGAUGACCAACGAGUUCUAGAGGUGACAACUGCUGACAGAGUCUGCGAUCUCGAAUUUGGUGUUGAUUUUGAUAUACAUCUUCAACAACAUCAAAAGUUUGUAGGAAGACACUGGCUGUUUGAAGGCAUACAUCAGCGAAUGGAAGAAUCAAGUGGUGUACUUUUGGUAGCUGAUACAGGAUAUGGUAAAUCAGCAGCCAUGGCAAAUAUAAUUCAAGGAAAACAUAACCUAACACAAAUAAAUUUAAUUCAUCAUUUAUGCAUCUCAAGUGAGGCUAAAUUUCAGCGAGCAGAUACUUUCAUUUUAAAUAUUGUUCAAAACCUUUACUGCAAAUAUCCUUUAUAUGGAAAAAUGCUAGAAAAAAGAGGCAUUUUUAUGUCAUUCAGAGAAAACGAAAUCAAAACAUCAUGCAAAUUUAAUCCUGUUAAUUGUUUUGAUGAAUUGAUAGUAGAACCACUUUCGAUGUUUCUUCCACCUGAAGGGGAACGCCUUGUUUUACUGAUUGAUGCAUUAAAUGAAUGCAAUACUAUUGGAUUUGGUUAUUCCGUAAUUACAUUACUACAGUUAAGAUAUAAUAAAUUGCCUCUAUGGAUUAAACUGUUGUUAACCUCCAAAAAUGAUUCUAAAAUCAUUGACAACUUUAGAGACCUUGAUCACUGGCAUUUAUAUCGUGAAUCUGAUAAUAACAAGGAAGAUAUGUUGUUAUACAGUAAAAAAAAUUAUAUACCACGUACCUAUCUUGAAUAUCUUAAGUGGAAUUUUGUGCUAGUAAAAGACAUGGUAGAAAAAAUAAACAGAAAUCAUGCAUUGUCUGUUGAUAGUUUACCAACAUCAAUUGACCAAUUCUUUGGAAUGGAAUUCCCUUAUGUUUUUGAAGGUUGCAGGUCUACUGCUUUCAAAAAAGCCAAAGUCCUUUUUGAAAUUAUAAUUGCAGGCAUGAAACCUUUGAAUUAAAAGAUCUAUUGGAAAUUUCUACAUAUUAUAGAGAGCUUUCAAAGAAAAAAAAAGACUUUGAAAGUGUAUUUCAGGAUAUGGUCACCACAUUUGACCAGAAUUUCUUACAUAAAGAUAUCAUCAAACUAAAGCCUUUUCUCCAAGAUUGGAUGAUAUUUCUUUCAAUAAAACAUCCAUGCAAAGUUGACAAAAAGAAAGAUCAUGCUGCAAUAUCGCGUUUCAUGUUAAGUAACAUAGAUGCUAAUUAGGUAAACGUGAGCCACGAUUUCAUUGUUGAGUUAUUUAUGCACAUGCAAAGAUCAGACAAGAAAAUAGAUAUGGAUAUGCUUAACCAAUUAAGUACUUACGUAAAUAACACUAUAUGUGGACACAAUUUAUAUGGUGUGCAAUACGAACCGUGCCAUUCUGUUUUAGACAUGUUUGCUUCAGUCGUAGAUUCUUUCCGUUUGAUGAAGAAAAUGAUUUCUUUCUCCAAAAAUAACAACAGGACACUGUCAGCUAUAAAUGCACUUAUGAAUAACACAAACUCUUUUAUUGCUAUUCACGAAGAAAGCUUACUCGACUUCUCUUGUCUUACAAACAUAAAUAGACUAAACACGUUUGUAAAUUAUAUCUAUGAAGACAAUAAAGGUAGGUUUCUUACUGGUGAUAGUAUUACUUUACUACAUAUUGCGAUCAUAAAAGGAAAUCUUCGAGCAGUUAAACUUAUUGCUGAAACGGGAAAAGAUAAACUUGAACAAAAAACUUCAAGUGUUAAUACUCUUAUUCGUUUGCCAGUCAUGUAUGAUUACUUAGAAGUUUUCAAGUUCUUAACGACUAAUUCUACUAUAGAAACCGUUUUGCUACGAUUUGCUGCAUUUGUAAAAGCAUAUAAAAUUUUCAGUUAUAUUCUUAAUAUUGGAAUUCAUGAUACAUGUGUAAACUGUAAGUCGUUUCAACAGAUACAUGUAUAUAAAGAUUUGUAUCAUGGUGUUACAUUCAGUCAGUAUCAUACAUUGUUAACUGAAUUAACAUGUGAAAGUAUUCUGAACUAUGCAACAAGAGUUGGGGAUCAGGUAAUAGUUGAAAGCAUACUUCGUGUUAGUAAUGAGACUAUUGAAUGUAGAGACUUCCAUGGAUUAACGCCACUUGCUGGUACAUUUGUUUUCCAACAGCCAAAACUAUUCAACUACCUCAUAGAAAAAGGAGCAAGUUUGGAUUUCCGCUGCAAACCAGUCGAUGUCUUUGAAAGAACAAUGCAAAUGUUAAUUAUGCAUGUUUAUAAAGAACUAUACACAGAAAUAUCAUUUUACCCUCUUGGUUCGGAAUAUUGUCCUUAUGGGAGGUCAAUUGGUUACUUAUUUCUCCGUUGGCCCACUUGUAAAAUAAUGAGGUCUUUGCAAAGUAAGAAUAUUACUAGUAACAUUUUAUUUGAUAUUGACAUUCACUUCAAAACACCGUUAUACUUCUUAGUUUGUGAAAGUGCACUUCAUAAUCCUUAUUCUGGUAAAAUGUUUUUAUUUCUUC